CUUACCUCCUUACCAUCUUACAUCAUGGACCACUCCGGACACGGCAUGAGCAGCAUGAGCAUGAGCAUGAGCGGCAUGAGCGGCAUGGCAUCCACCACGGGCUCCGCCGCCGCCGCCACUGCAACGGGCAUGUCGGCGGGCGGAGGCCACAGCAUGGGCGGCGGACACAGCAUGGGCGGCGGAAGCUGCAAGAUCUCGAUGCUGUGGAACUGGACGACGGUCGACGCAUGCUUCCUCUCCCGCUCGUGGCACGUCAAGACCAAGGGCAUGUUCGCGGGCUCGGUCAUCGGUGUCUUCUUCCUCUGUGUCGCGAUCGAGGCCCUCCGCCGCGCCGCGCGCGAGUACGACCGGAAGAUCAUCAAGGCCAACCGCGCCGAGAAGGGCGGGUUUGUGCCGCCCACCUUCACGCAGCACAUUGUCCGCAGCCUGGCGUACGGCGCGCAGUUCACCGGCGCCUUCCUUGUGAUGCUUCUGGGAAUGUACUACAACGGCUUCAUUCUCUUCGCCAUUUUCCUGGGUCACACGCUGGGCUACCUCGCCUUCGGACGCGACACGUGCGGCGACCCGCUCAUCGAUUCGGGGUGCGCCUGCUAAGCUGCUAAGAGACAUCGUCGGACAGUGGACUGUAUUCUAGUGGCUUAUAGUAAAGGCUCGUUUCGUCAUAACAUCAUAUCAUGUAAACCCUGCUCGCG